AUGGCCGACAGCAAUUCCAGUAAUAGCCCGAGCGACAAUAGCAACAGCAAUGGCAAUGCUAACGGAGGGAGCGACGUAGUUGUUGCGAUUGUUGCUCUCGUCGUCUCGGUGGUCGCUCUCUUUGCGGCUACUCUACAGAUCAUGCAAGCGAUCUUUGCGUCGGCUAAAGGGCUUCCCAAUUGCACCGAAGACGUGAUGGGAGGAUGGGCGAAAGGCACGACAAAACGGCCAAAGUUCAAGGAGUUACGUCUCGAGGUUAGGUUCGAGGCGCCAAUCAUCUUUCUGGCCCCCCCAAACAACCAGAAUAAACCUGAAAAAGGAGAGAUGUGGUCCGUGGAGGGCACUGAGAAAAGUUGUACCAAGAACCGACUCGAAUAUGCCAAGAUAUUCCCAAACCCUGGACCAGCCAACGGAACCAACGACGAAAAGCCGUCUAAGCCUACUGAAAAGGUCCACACUGUCAACAACGAGCUAGCAACGUGGGUCUAUCUCCUAAUCGCCCUUGAAAGAAUGGAGAAGGAUUCCAAAGAAUGGGAGUGCAAGAAGCUCCAAGGGGAAUGGUUGCCAAGUUCCAUCAUCCCGGACCUGCCUGAGCCGACUUUGGCCGUGAAAGUACAGGCGAAGGAAAGAAGCUUCGAUGCGAACCCCUCCAUCAAGAAGCCCUAUGCAACCUCUACGAUCUCUCAUCUGGUCGAGCUAGCAGCAAUACUUGGACUCUAUUGGAGAGUCUUCGACCGAGACAACAACCAGUACCGCGCGGAAGGAAAUGGCUAUAGUCUGACUGGCUCACGUGUACCCGACUUGGGUGUCGUCUUUGUUUUUGAGAAAACCGGUCCCACUGUAUUUGAGGAGCGGCGAGUGAUUCCGACAUCUGAAGUGAAGGAGCUCUGUUUUGGGCGAGUGCCAACUUUCUAUCGAGUCAAGAAGGAUCCCGACGAAGACUUGGAGUGGCAGAGGGAGUUCAAAACGUCGUCGGGAACUGGAACCAAGGUCGAAAUCCUUCAACUGAGCACUCGCGAUGCCAUUGCGGAGACUUUGACCCAGAUAGGAUGCAACGGCAAAACCACGCUCUUCUACAGAGAAGGAAAGAAAGACCGGCACCUCUUUUCUGUUACCUUCGAGGUCAUCGGCAUGCUCGCGCGAGUUUUGCACAUUGAAGGAAGGUGCUUCCGUUUCCUGCCCAAUCCAACAAUCUUCUCUUGGGACAGAGAUUCGUUAUCACUCCAGCGUCUGCUCAUCGCUUUUAGCGGACUGUUGAUGAACGAUCUCACGGUUGUUGAAGAAGAGGCGGAGACUGUCAUCGAUGAGAGGGUUGAAACUGCCGUCGAAGAUAUUAGGGCUCUUUCGGAGUCAGCGGAGGAGAUGAGCAACGAUUUUGACGAGAACCCGCCUCUAACGAGCAAAAGAAUGAGUCUCUUGCACAAAGCCAUUGAUAUGGCAGACAAAUCUCUCAAGAAACGAGACCAGGGAAUCGUGCUCGAUGUGCUACGUCGUCACCUCCAGGAAGUGUUGGCAGCCAUCAACAGUCCGGAUAAAAGGGGGAAAGAACAGAUUUCGUUUCGGGACCUGCUUGGUAUUCCUCUGGAGAUGAGAGAACAAAGGUUCAUGGAGACAUACUUCGAGCGCAUACUAUGGCGUGUAGUGCCUACCAACUCUACUAAGAGGGGUAAGCGAGAUGACGAGGUCGUUUCAAGAGCUAUACACGACGACACAGAGAAACGAAGAUCCCGCUUGGGUAACGGCUCACCCCAAGCCGACAGCGCAGUCCCUCCGUCGCCGUCGAGACUUAACCCCGGAGAGUCUCCAACCAAGGCUCUAGACGACUCGACGCCCACGCCCGGCAUCAGCAGGGUCAAGACGUGGCCUCAUCGCAUCGAGACUGAGCAACCUGGUGAUCAGCCGGAACUUCCGCAGCCAAGCAAGUUGUCAGAGCUGCCACAGUGGGAAACGAUAGUACCCAACCAUAUUGAGAUGCAGCGUUUGGCAAUAUGGUAUACACUUACUUCUCAAAUUUUGAUUCUUCACAUCCCUCCCAACGACACGUGGUUGGCAAAGAAAAGGCUGCGAGAUUCAUUUCAACGCUCAUUCGAUCCCCGGAUCUCAUCAAACGACACCAUGACAUCGUCAUCAGAGCAGCCCGCCGCCCUAGAGGAUGGCCGACGCAUUUAUCUAGGCAACCUUCUCUACAGCAUCCAGCCCGUCGACAUCGAGGAGAUGCUGAAAGACAAUGGCUUUGAAGGGUACGAAAAGAUUCACAUCUCCAUGGAUCCAGUAUCGGCUCGGAAUCCCGGAUACUGCUUCGUCGAUUUCGCUGAGCGCGCAGACGCCGAACGGGCACUAUCCUCCCUUGAUGCGCGUCUCCGCGGUAGACCACUCAAGGUCGGCCCAUGCGAGCCCAAGAAGCAGAACCGGAGCCGCUGGCAAAGCGACAGAGAGCCUUCCUUCAACAGGUGGGGAGACUGGUCAGGAUCGCGGGGUGAGGGCGGCGACGAGGCUGGCAGAUCACCAGCGCGGAACGGUAGGAACGGCGGCAUCGAGAGCGGACCGUACGGCGCCAUCAAGCACUUCGACGAGGUCGUUGCGACGGAAGGGGAUGGCAGGAGACUCUAUGUUGGAGGAUUGGGUGCGAUGGUUGACCAGGCACAACAUCAGGAUGAACUGCAACAAAUUCUUGAGGGCCACAAGCCACUAGCCAUCAGUAAGCGUAUCACUCCCCAUGAGUCUACCAGGGCCAAGGGCGGUGAGCACCACUACUGCUUUGUCGAUUUUGCGACAGCUGAAGAGGCCGAUGCAGCAAGAAACGCGCUGGAUCGCAAGGUCUGGGGAACCGGCCGUCUGCGUGUCAACGUUGCUCGCGGUCUGCCCGACAAGCUCAAGGAUCGUACGACGCCCUCGGAUGUGCAAAAUGAGAAGGAAAAUGGUGAGCGCUCGGCUUGGCGGAAGCCCAGAUAUGAGAAUUCGAAUCGCGACAACAGCGCGAGAUCUUCUCAACCACUUAGAUCAGCAGCAUCGGGAAAUUGGCGACAAAAGGAGCCUUCGACCUGA